AUGGAUCAACCCAUGAGGUUUCGCCAUCAUGACUACCCUGACAAUGUUUGCCGCCUCAAAAAGUCCCUCUAUGGCCUCAAACAAGCUCCUAGGGCCUGGUAUCAACGGUUUACUGAUUUUGUUGUUCAACAUGGGUUCACACAGUGCAAGUCGGAUAAUUCUUUAUUUAUCUAUCAUCAUGGGACGGAUGUCGCCUACCUUCUUAUCUAUGUUGACGACAUCAUCCUCACCACCUCCUCUGAUCAUUUGCGCCAGAAGCUUAUGACCAUCUUGGCCGGCGAGUUUGCAAUGAAAGACUUGGGGCCUCUCUCUUAUUUUUUGGGCAUCUCGGUUGUUCGGACGGGUAACACUUUAUUUCUUUCUCUGCGGUCCUACACUAAGGACAUUAUUCACCGUGCAGGGAUGGAUGCCUGCAAACCUGCGGCUACCCCUGUGGACACCCAGAGUAAAUUAUCCAGUGACCCGGACUCCCCUUACGAUGAUUCCACUACUUACAGGAGUCUAGCUGGUGCUUUGCAGUACCUUACAUUCACCCGGCCUGACAUCACUUACGCAGUACAGCAGAUUUGUAUGCAUAUGCACUCUCCCUGUCUGGCUCAUUGGAACGCUCUCAAACGUAUCAUUCGCUACUUACAGGGUACCAUGGAUUAUGGUCUUCACUUGUCAUCCUCGUCUGCUCUUCCUAUCCGCGCCUACACAGAUGCAGACUGGGCCGGUUGCCCUGAAACGAGACGAUCCACGUCUGGCUAUUGUGUUUAUCUUGGGGAUAAUCUCGUUUCCUGGUCCUCUAAACGUCAGUCCACUAUUGCUCGAUCCAGUGCUGAAGCCGAGUACCGGGGAGUGGCCAAUGUUGUAGCAGAAAUAUGUUGGCUCCAUAAUUUGCUUCUUGAACUACACCGGCCCCUAUCCAAAGCAUCCCUGGUCUACUGUGAUAAUGUGAGUGCCAUUUAUUUAUCGGGGAACCCGGUUCAACAUCAACGAACCAAACACAUUGAGCUAGACAUACACUUUGUCCGAGAACACGUUCAAAAGGGUUUAGUUCGCGUGCUGCAUAUGCCAUCUCACUUCCAAAUUGCGGAUAUCUUCACCAAAGGGCUGCCCCGGGUUCUAUUUGACGAUUUCAGAUCUAGUCUCAGCAUCCGUUCUCCUCCCGCUUCGACUGCGGGGGUGUAA